AUAUCGAAAGUGAAAAAUCCUACUACAAAGAAUAAUACUGUAACAUUUGUUCAAGUAAGUACAUAGUCCAAUGUCUGUAAAUGAAUUUGUUAACAAGUUCCAAUUUAAGGAGCUUCUCAAAUCAGAUCCUCAAACAAAGUCAAUUGUCUUAUUAGGUACAAUUGACUCUCAAGAUGCCAUCAUAUCACUUGAAAAAUCUCAUUUCUUAUUCGAUUCCGAUCAUGAAACUGAUCUCAACAAAUUAGUAAAAGAUUCAGUAAUAAUAAACCAUAAUGAUGUAUAUUAUUGGUCAAAUGUUUUAUUAGAACAAACAUUAAAUGAAUUUCCUACUGCUAAAUUAAAUUUAAUUUAUCCUGCUACAGCUACUCAUAUAAAGAAGUAUUGUACUCAACAAGUUCAUUAUAUAAUUGAAACCCCUGAUAUGUAUAAGAAAUAUGUGAUACCAUAUAUAGAAACUAUGAAAGGUGAUCGAAUUAAAUGGGUAUAUAAUAUAUUAUUUGAAGGAAAGGAAUCAGAGACAUUUAUUCAUCAUGAUAAACAUCCUCAAUUAGGGUUUGUAUUACUCCCAGAUAUGAAAUGGGAUACUUUAAAUCUUCAAUCAUUAUAUUUAUGUUGUAUUGUUAAUAGAAAGGAUAUUUCUUCUAUUAGAGAUUUAAAUGGUCUGCAUCUUGAUUUUCUUAAACAAUUAAAAUCUACCAUAUUACAGUUAGUUGAACAAAAGUAUCCAUUAAGUCAAGAUCAAGUUAGAAUAUUUAUACAUUAUCAACCAUCUUAUUAUCAUUUCCAUUUACAUAUAGUUAAUGUAGCCCAUCCUGGUUUGGGAGAUGGAAUUGCUGUUGGCAAGGCUAUACUCUUAGAUGAUGUUAUUGAGAAUAUAUCUAUUAAGGAUGAUUAUUAUCAAGUCCGUAACAUUGGAUAUUUAUUAGGUGAAAAUCAUGGGUUAUGGCAAAUAGAAGGUUACAGAAAUAGUAUUUAAGAGUGAAACGUUUCAUU